AUGCGGUCCUUCAUCUUCUUCAUGCUCUUGCUCUCAUCAACAGCCCUCGCCGGCCCCAUCGGCAGAUACCCCGUCCACAAGCGUCACGAAGGCCACGACGACCCAGUCCCAAGCCCAACAGCUUCAACACCAACUCCAGUGUCCGUCACCGGGGCCUUCUUCAUCCCACCGCCAACAAAAGCUUUCUCCACCGAUGGCGCCAGGACAAUCGCAACCGUCACAAAGCCUCGCACAUUCGGAUUCAUCGAGGACGGUUUCCAGACCGCAGUACCCGCCGCAGCCUCCGUAGGGCCCAGGGACGUAGACACAUCUGCCACCACCACCACCGCGCCCGCGAGGGAAUAUGCCCCGACUGCUGCGGCGGAGGAGGAAGGUGUUAUUGAGGUGGUUGGCGCGCCUGCGUCUUCGACUGCUGCUGCUGAUGCGGCAGAAGUGACAAGCUCGGCCACCGCUACUGCUGCUGCAGGAUCAUCAACCGCCGCAGCGUCAACAGACAACAAGGCCCUCGCUCUCGCGCAGAACAAGUUCUACGCCACGCUCACCGCCUCCUCCAGCUGCGACCCCAAGGACCCCAGCGUGCUCAACGCAUGCAUCAACGGUGCCUACGCGCAGUGCAACGCCGCCGGGAGCUACGUGAUGUACACGCAGUGCGGCAAGCCCCUUGGGUGCUUUGCGCUCCCACUCGAGAACGGGCCUGGCAUCAGUGUUGCUUGUACCAGCGCUGAUGACGCCGCCUUUAGGAUGGGAUUGAAGAGCGGGAGUGAGCUUGAGGAGAUGCUCGGCGGUGGUGGGAGUGCGAGUAGCUCGGUGGCACCGAGUACGGUCAGGAGCACGGUGACGGUGACGUCCACGUCGAUGAGGACAGCGACUAGUACGGCUGCGGCGGUGACUUCGUCGGCGUCGGCGCCGGCUACUAGUAGUGCUGUUGUGGCGCCGACGUCGAGUGCUAGUGCUGCGGUGCCGACGACGGCGAGCUCGAGCGCUGCGGUGCCGACUACUACGGCUGCUGCCUCUUCUUCAUCUUCGAGCAGUACGAGCUCGACUCCCACUACUACGCAGGCGCCGGUGACUACUUCGUCUCCUGCGCCUGCGCCGACACCGACUUCGACGACUGCUCCGCCGAACAACCAGGCGCCGGUCGUGACGGCGAUUCCGAUUGGGGAGAGAUAUGUCACCAGUGCGGGUGUGGUGAUCACUACUACUAUCUAUCAAUAA